AUGUUACGUCACGCCAGCAAACGCGCUUUGCGUCACUCUGCUUUGUCCGGGACGAAGGCCACGUCGAUGACGCCGAUGAUUUCUGCAAACGUCGUCGGGCAACAACACGUUCCUACUGUCGCGCAACCCUCUUCAGCGAACGCGAGACGAUCGAAACACGAGGAGGCGAAAUCGAGAGACCCGAGAUGCCAACACGAUUGGACGAAACCGUUCCACGCGAGUCCGUUACCCUUGGACGCGGCGGGUGGGCUUUUGGAGUACUCCGUGGUGUACACGGACCGGUCGAUGAACCACAUGUCGAAGCCGUUUUGCGACAUCAUGAAAAAUUUGAACGAAAGUUUGAAAGAGGCGUACAACGCGGCGUCGGUAAUCAUCAUGCCAGGGUCCGGGACGUACGGGAUGGAAGCGGUGGCGAGACAGUGGUGCACCGGGAAGAAGGCGUUGGUUUUGCGCAACGGGUAUUUCUCGUACAGGUGGACCGAUAUCUUCGAGCAAACGAACAUCCCGAGCGAAACUAUCGUGAUGAGAGGACAACCGGUGGAUCCGGAGAACGCGCAGCCGCACUUUGCGCCGGCGCCGAUUGAAGAGGUCGUGAAGACGAUCAUGGCGGAGAAACCGGCGGUGGUUUUUGCGCCGCACGUGGAGACGUCAACCGGUAUCAUCUUGCCGGACGACUACAUCAAGCAAGUCGCGAGCGCGGUGCACGCGCACGGGGGUUUGUUUGUUUUGGAUUGCAUCGCGAGUGGUCACGUGUGGGUUGACAUGAAAGAAACCGGCGUGGACGCUAUUUUGUCCGCCCCGCAAAAAGGUUGGACCGGGCCGGCGUGUUCGAGUGUGAUUAUGCUCGGGGAAAGAGGCACGCACGCGACGAGAAACACGACGAGCACGUCGAUGGUCAUCAACAUGAGAAAGUGGUUGGAAGUCAUGGAUUCGUACGUCAACGGCGGGUUUGCGUACUACACGACCAUGCCGACGGACGCGUUGUCCUUGUUUAACGGAGCCGCGAACGAAACGAAGAAGAUUGGUUUUGAGAAAGUCAAACAAAUGGCGUGGGAUUUAGGCAUGGGCACGAGAAAGAUGAUGGAAUCGAAAGGCUUGAAAUCCGUCGCCGCGCCUGGUUUCCAAGCGCCCGGUGUGGUCGUCUCUUACACCCCGGAACCGAACAUGUUUAACAUCUUCAAGGGUAAAGGGAUGCAAAUCGCCGCGGGCGUGCCGUUUAUGAUCAACGAGCCCGCCGGUAACUUCACCUUCCGCAUCGGUUUGUUCGGUUUGGACAAGGUUGUCAACAAAGACCGAACGAUUAGCAUCUUGGAAGAAAAGUUGGACGAAAUCCUGCCGGAAAUCGAGAAAGCUGAAGCCGAGAAGACGGCUUAA